AUGGAAAAGUUCUCCCAGUACCGUGAUAAAGGCUCGGGCAUUGCCCCCUUUCUUCCAAUCCCUCCUGACCCCAAAGGCAUCAGACUCCCUUUCCACUUCUUCCUCUUCAUCUGCCGACUGCCCCUCCUCUUGAUAUUUGCCCUAUCCUACUUUGCCCUCCUCCAAUGGUUACCCAUCGGUGUCUUUGGGAGGAAGGUUUCUCUCUGGUGUAUACUAGGCAUCCCAGGAAUUUGGUGGAUUGAUCUACAAAUUGAUGGUGUAAGAAAAGGCUCGUUGGCCAAGAACAAUACUCGACUGCCUCAGCAAGGCUCCAUCAUUGCUUCCUCCCGAGCGUCUCCCAUCGAUGCCCUAUAUCUUGCUGCCAUAUUCGAUCCCGCCUUUGUGGCCACCUAUCCAUACACCCGCCUUGUGGAGCCCAUUUCCCUCUUUCAGGCGAUAUGCAGGUCGUUCACCCAUCCAAGAGUCGAUCCGCCUUCAGGGACACAUCUCGUCGAUCUCGACACCUUUCUUCGCCAAAACUCCAACCGUGUCACCGUCAUUUUUCCAGAAUGCACCACCACAAACGGCCGAGGAAUACUCCCCCUCAGUCCGAGUCUGGUCACCACUCCACCGCGCACUAGAGUCUUUGUUGUUAGCUUGCGAUACUCUCCUGCGGACGUGACAACUCCUCUGCCCCAUUCAUAUGUCACUUUUUUCUGGAAUCUUUGCACAAAGCCUUCACACUGUAUCCGCAUUCGCAUCUCCGAGGCCAUGUACAACACUUCACGAGCGACCAACCAUUCCACCAGCGCAACAUCGUCGUCCUUCCAUAAUGGUCAUCUCGACACGUUGGCCUCGGACGGAACUGGUAGUGACGUCGACACUUUGGUUGGCAGUGAAGAUUUCGAUGCGCCGACCGGUCCCACCACCAAAGAAGAAAGAGUUUUCCUUGAUAAAGUGGGUGAAGCCCUCGCAAGAUUAGGACGAGUCAAACGUGUUGGGCUGGGUGUCAAGGAUAAGGUCGAUUUCGUCGCCAUGUGGACCAACCCGCGAAGGCGAUGA